ACAUCCGUUGGAGCAUGAGCUCCCGACAUCAGACGGCGGCGGUGGUCCGGGAGAAACCCGGCAGCGGGGAGAUAAGCCUGCCCAGCACGCAGGGGGCUGGGCUAGCUGCCCCGCCCCGCGCCUGACUUUGCUGGGGAGGGAGACGCCCGGCUCCCGCCCCUAACUAGCCCAGCCGCGCGGAGCGCCUGGGAGAGGAGAAGGAGCCGACCUGCCGAGAUGGAGGCGACCGGCACCUGGGCGCUGCUGCUGGCGCUGGCGCUGCUCCUGCUGCUGACGCUGGCGCUGUCUGGGACCCGGGCCCGAGGCCAGCUGCCCCCCGGGCCCACGCCGCUGCCACUGCUGGGAAACCUUCUGCAGCUACGGCCCGGAGCGCUGUACUCGGGGCUCAUGCGGCUGAGUAAGAAGUACGGACCGGUGUUCACCAUCUACCUUGGACCCUGGCGGCCCGUGGUGGUCCUGGUUGGGCAGGAGGCUGUGCGAGAGGCCCUGGGAGGUCAGGCUGAAGAGUUCAGUGGCCGGGGAACCAUAGCGAUGCUGCAACGGACUUUUGAUGGCCAUGGAGUUUUCUUCUCCAACGGGGAGCGGUGGAGGCAGCUGAGGAAGUUUACCAUGCUUGCUCUGCGGGACCUGGGCAUGGGGAAGCGAGAAGGCGAGGAGCUGAUCCAGGCGGAGGCCCGGUGUUUGGUGGAGGCAUUCCAGGGGACAGAAGGACGCCCAUUCGAUCCCUCCCUGCUGCUGGCCCAGGCCACCUCCAACGUAGUCUGCUCCCUCCUCUUUGGCCUCCGCUUCUCCUAUGAGGAUAAGGAGUUCCAGGCCAUGGUCCGGGCAGCUGGUGGUACCCUGCUGGGAGUCAGCUCCCGGGGGGGUCAGACCUAUGAAAUGUGUUCCUGGUUCCUGUGGCCCCUGCCAGGCCCCCACAAGCAGCUCCUCCACCACGUCAGCACCCUAGCUGCCUUCACAGUCCGGCAGGUGCAGCAGCACCAGGGGAACUUGGAUGCUUCAGGUCCCGCACGUGACCUGGUCGAUGCCUUCCUGUUGAAGAUGGCACAGGAGGAACAAAACCCAGACACAGAAUUCACCAACAAGAACAUGCUGAUGACAGUCAUUUAUUUGCUGUUCGCUGGGACGAUGACGGUCAGCGCCACGGUUGGCUAUACCCUCCUGCUCCUGAUGAAAUACCCUCAUGUCCAAAAGCGGGUACGUGAGGAGCUGACUCGGGAGCUGGGGUCUGGCCAGGCACCAAGCCUAGGGGACCGUACCCGCCUCCCUUACACCGACGCGGUUCUGCAUGAAGCGCAGCGGCUGCUGGCGCUGGUGCCCAUGGGAAUCCCCCGCACCCUCAUGAGGACCACCUGCUUCCGAGGCUACACCCUGCCCCAGGGCACAGAGGUCUUUCCCCUCCUUGGCUCCAUCCUGCAUGACCCCAGCAUCUUCAAGCACCCAGAAGAGUUCAACCCAGAUCGUUUCCUGGAUGCAGAUGGACGGUUCAGGAAGCAUGAGGCGUUCCUGCCCUUCUCCUUAGGGAAGCGUGUCUGCCUUGGAGAGGGCCUGGCAAAAGCAGAGCUCUUCCUCUUCUUCACCACCAUCCUGCAAGCCUUCUCCCUGGAGAGCUCGUGCCCACUGGACUCCCUGAGCCUCAAGCCCACCAUCAGUGGCCUUUUCAACAUCCCCCCAGCCUUCCAACUGCAAGUCCGUCCCACUGACCUUCAUUCCACCAUGCAGACCACAUGAAGGAAGGCAACUUGGAGGUGGUGGGUGCCCGGGACGGUGCCUCCAGCCUCAACAGUGGGUAUGGACAGGGUUAAUGUCUCCAAAGUGUACACUGCAGGCAGCCACAUUACACACCUGCAGCUGUUUUCCGGAGACUGUCCCACGGCCCACACACUCACUUACUUGACUCAUGCUGCUGUUAAGAUGCACAACCACACACUCAUACACACCUACAAGAGCCACAAAGCAACUGCUGCGUUAGCUUUCCACAGACAUAAAUAUAGUCCAUCUGCAAUCACGAGCACAUAGCCAGGUAACCCACCAACUCCCCUGGAUCUUCACCCGGCAUGUGGGAGUCUGCCUGUCACCUUUAUAAGCCACAGAAACAGCCACACAUAUUCACAGCUCACACGCCCUCUCCAUUCAUCAAACUUCUCAGUGUCCCUGUCUGUGGUGCCUGGCACAGGGAACAGCAUGCCCCCUCCUGAGUCAUGCCACAGAGAGACCGUCACUGUCUAUGGCCCUGACACAUGCUCCUUCUCGUGGCUGCACCACUCUCCCAGCCUGUGACCACCGAUGUCCACAUACCCCCAACCACUGGUCCACACAGCUACCCACAUAUGACAUCGUCCUGGCUUCCCGGAGUAUCUUCCCACUUAGACACGCCGCUCCCACGGAGGCACAGUCCCCAGCCACCUUCGCAAGUGCAGCCCUCAGUCACCCCUUUUUAAGCACCCUGAUUCUCCCAAAUGCAGAGACAUCUGGGUCUGCAAUUAUGCACGGAGACCUUGGACAUACGAGGACCCUCAGACCAGAGGGACACCUGCCCCACCCCAACACGUGCUUAUGUAACCAAGCGGCUCCUGCUACCCCUCCACACACACGUACAUCCUCACUGAUCUACAGCCCCUAUUCGGCAUCAGAGUCCCCACUAGACCCAGUGGAAGGGGUUAGAGACCAAGUAGGGGCCGGGUUCCAAUUCACCCUGUCAGGGAUUGAGCCAGAUCUGACGUCCUUGUGAUUUAAGGGUCCGGUUUGGGAAUUAAAGUUUGUUCCUGGCCUUUAGCCUA